ACUUGUGUUUCCACUUUGAAAACAAUGGAAGUCCAAAGAGGAAAGAAAUCAGUUGGUGGGAAGUUGAUGAGGCAUUUUUCUAUAAAGGAUGGAGCCAUUCCAAUGGUUGGCAAAAAGGCCAGCAAACCAAUCACUGAGAAGCGAAGAAGGGACAGGAUCAACAAAUGUCUCGUGCAGCUGAAGAAUAUCGUAAUGAGGGCAACGGGCAAAGAUGAAAAACGUUUUGCGAAAAUGGAAAAAGCAGACAUAUUGGAAAUGACGAUUGGUCAUUUGGUUGAGAUGCAUCAGCAAAAUAUAGGUAAAUGCUUCGUGGAUCACUGGGGAAUUGCCACGCCAGAACCAGGGAACCCUUUGGAUCCCUUCAGAUCUAUGAAAAGAAAUAACGUCACAGAAAAUCUGCAGCAGGGCAUCACACACCCGAGUUUUUAUCCGGAUCCUCUUUUCUGCACACCUGCAUACAAAUGUGGAUACAGUGGAGAAAAGGAAAUAAUGGACGUCAACUUUGACACCAAUGACGUCAUUGAAUCAAGUAGCGUCAUGUGCGGGUCUGCUUCUCGUGUUUUUAUCUUUGCAGAUGACAACAAUGGCAUGAAAUGCGUAAAAAGCCCUGAUAGCCCAAUGCGCCAUCACAACAAUUUAUCAACGGAACGGAACCCGAUGUAUUAUUCUUGUAAACCCCUCUUCACCUCUACCCCAGUCGAUGCUAGUGCUAUAAAACCAAUCAGGACCUCUACCCCCAUUGGACUACCGGCUCUAACAAAGGGCUACAUCACUCCGGAGGAGCUGCUUUUGUCCGGAAGAUACGACAUUAACCUCAAUACUUCCCCGGAUCUACGUGUUCGAUUGUUUACCAGCAGUGAGGAAUCGAGUGACGGAAGUCUAGUCAGGAAAUCCGGUUCUCCUUCUUCCGGUUCAGAGUCGUCCUCUUUUGAAACCAGUGGCGGAUCUAACAAAGAAAGCGGUGUCUGGAGGCCUUGGUGA